CGAAAAAUAUAAGAAUAACUAAAAUAUAUGUAAAUUGUGUAACUUUAAAUGAAGUUUUAUAAUUUCAGGACAAACUGUAAUAAAUUAAACAACAAGCAGAAGGAUAUAAUGGCACAUUUCAUGAGUGAGCACACACAUUUGCCCAAAAAUUCCUUGCCGAAUUGUGCACAAGGAAGGUCGACUGCCAACCGACUUUGGGAAGAGCUCAGCAAGCAGUUAAAUGCGCCAGGACCGCCAAUAAAAAAUGCGAAGUUAUGGAAAAAAGUAUACGCAGAUCAGAAGUACAAUGCGAAAAGAAAGUUGUCCUUCAACAAAAUUUCAAAAAGGCAAACAGGCGGAGGACCUUACCAGCAGAGGGCUUUAACUCCAGCUGAGGAGGUAAUAGUUGAAGCUGCUGGUCUUGAAGCAUCUGUUUCAGGAAACAGCAUGGUGCAAACAUAUGGUAGUUCACAACCUGCACCAGUCGCAGUUGCUUCAAGACCAGCAUCAAGUGCUUCGGCCUCAAGCAGGAGCAGUGGACGUAAUUCGAACCAUUCAACUAGUAGUGUUCCAAGUCGUUCCUCCUCCAACAGCCCUGCUUCCUGUACGCCUUCUCGUCCAGUCGCUCCAACUCCACGAAGAAGAACAAUAAAUAAAGCUUCGCUGCUGGAAGAAAACAUAAAACUGACAGCAGAUCACCAUAAAGCUAUGGGGCAAAAAAUCGAUAGGCUGCUUCAAAUUAAGGAGAGGCAACUAGAGAUUGACGAGAGGCAGCUUGAAAUAAGUGAACGACAGCUAGCUGUCUCUAGGAGGAUUUUGGCGAUUAAGGAGGAGAAGCACCGAGCUAUAAUAGCUGUAAAAGAACUUAAUUUGAAAAUAAAGAGUAUUGAAUUAAACCAAUUGAAGGUCAAUGAAAAAGAAAAAAAAUAGUGCCCCUCCUUCUGAAUUAAAAUCCUCUUUGUAAAUAUGUAUAUAUUCCAAACUUUUAUUCAAGUUUUAUGUAAAUAUGUAUAUAUGUAAUUGAAGUUUUGUUUAAGUUUUUGUAAAUAUGUAUAUAUUCUAGGUUGUACUUAAGUUUUAUGUAUAUAUAUAUUUGAAGUUUUAUUUAAGUUUUUGUAAGUAUGUAUAUAUUUAAGU